UUGUUAGCAAAUGUUUGGGAAAUUUCAGGUACGAUUCCUCUUGGUCUUGGUGUUGCACCAUGUGAUUCGCUGUUGGGUAUUCAAGCAUCAAAAAUUUCUUUGCUACAAAAGUUGGCCGCUGAGGAGUUUCUUCAGACCGGAGCCAAAGCAAAAAUUCAGUGGCUUAUAAUGACAUCGCAGUCAACAGAGCAAGCCACACGCAAUCAUCUCACGGAAGUUGUGCCAGCUACUGGAUUGACGUUCGAACAAAUCACCAUAUUUUCUCAGGCUGAGAUUCCGGCCUUCGAUAACGAGGGGAAUCUCAUGCUGUCUAACAGGCAUACAGUAGUCACUGCUCCAAAUGGAAACGGCGGUCUGUAUUCUGCAUUAGCAGCACAUUUGCCAGAGAUGAAAUUACGUGGUGUGAAGUAUUUUCAUGUUUACUGUGUCGAUAAUAUUCUCUGCAAAGUUGCUGAUCCACAUCUGCUUGGUUUCUUUAUUGAGAAGCGAGCUGAUGUUGCAACGAAGACAAUUCUCAAAAAACCAGGCGAGUUGGUGGGAUCAGUGUGCCUGGAUAAUGGCUGUCCUCGAGUAGUUGAGUACAGCGAAUUAGGUGCUGAGUUGGCAGAGCGAAAAACGGAUGAUGGUCGGCUGCUUUUCUGUGCAGGAUCUAUAGCUAAUCAUCUUUUCUCUUUAGAUUUCCUUGAAAGCUUUUGCUCUGAAAAUUUUCGCCUUCCUUAUCAUCGUGCGUCGAAAAAAAUUGCUCAUUUAUCUUCGGAUGGGAAAAUAAUGAAGCCAGUCAGCCCAAAUGGCAUCAAACUAGAGCAAUUUGUGUUUGACGUUUUUGAACGCAGCAAAAAUUUCUACAUUUGGGAAGUGGAGCGUGAGGAUGAAUUUAGCCCUUUAAAAAAUGCCGAAUCGGCUGGUAAAGAAUGUCUUAGUACAUGUAAGAAGGAUCUCGCUUCAUUGAAUAGGAAGUGGCUAGAAUCAUCUGGUGCAAAAGUAAUAGGGGAUCCGAUUUAUCUUCAAACUUCUGUCAGUUAUUGUGGCGAGAGAUAUAAUGAUGCGUUAAAUGACUCUAAUAAAGUGUGUAAUAUUUUCUCAGUGAACGAUUACUUUCUCAUCUAA